UCUUGCAGAAAAAUGUCCGCUAUCUGCAAGGGAGCAAGGUUGACCCCACGGCUGCUGAAGCUGACCCCGGCAGCUAAUGGUGCUGGUCAGACUAGGAACCUCAACCUUCUAGAAUACCAGUCAAAAGGACUGCUUCAGGAUUAUGGUGUGACGGUACAGAAGUUCCGUAUGGCAACCAACCAGGAGGAGGCUGCCAGUAUCCCCGGGGAGUUCCCCUGUGCCGAGUACGUGAUCAAGGCCCAGGUGCUGGCUGGGGGUAGGGGUAAGGGACACUUUGACAACGGGUUCAAGGGAGGUGUUCAUCUCACCAAGGAUCCCUCUAAGGUUCCCGGCCUGUGUACUUCAAUGAUCGGUCACCGACUAAUCACGAAGCAGACCCCGCCAGCUGGGAUACCGGUCAGCAAGGUCAUGGUGGCCGAGGCUAUUGAUAUCACCAGAGAAACAUACUUCUGUAUCCUUCUUGACCGGGAGUACAACGGUCCUGUGAUAGUGGCUAGUCCUGAUGGUGGAGUUGAUAUUGAGGAGGUUGCUGAGAAAACUCCUGAAAGAAUUAUGAAGAUCCCUGUUGACAUAAAAAUAGGAGUCACUGAUGAGAUGGCGACCCAGGUUGCUGAAUUCCUUGGGUUUAAAGGAGAGCUUGUACCCCAGUGUGCUCAGCAGAUAAAGAACCUGUACAAGGUUUUCCUUGAUGUUGAUUGUGUUCAGCUUGAAAUCAACCCCCUUGCUGAAACACCUCAGGGCAUGGUGUACACUGCUGAUGCUAAACUAGGGUUUGACGAUAAUGCUUCCUUCCGUCAGCGGAGCAUCUUCGACAUGGAGGACACUACCGAGAGUGAGCCUAGGGAGGUUGAGGCUGCUAAACAUAACCUCAAUUAUGUUCAGAUGGAUGGCAACAUUGGAUGCCUGGUGAAUGGAGCUGGUCUUGCAAUGGCUACCAUGGAUAUUAUCAAACUUUACGGAGGAGAACCAGCAAACUUCCUGGAUGUCGGAGGCAAUGUUCAAGAGGAACAGGUGAAGGAGGCAUUCCGCAUCAUAACAGAGGAUGAUAAGGUUAAAGCGAUUCUUGUAAACGUGUUCGGAGGAAUCGUUAACUGCGCUACCAUCGCUAAUGGGAUCGUUAACGCCUGCAAGUCUAUCGAUCUGAAGGUGCCUCUAGUAGUCCGACUGGAGGGAACCAAUGUUGAUGCUGCCAAGAAGAUUCUGGCGGAAUCUGAUGUUAAGAUUGCUUCUGCUUCUGACCUGGACGAUGCCGCCAGGAAGGCAGUUGGCAUGCUUGCUUAGGUGAGCCAACAUCUGAAGCGAUCAGCACAUCAUCUAUAAAUACCAACUUACUGACAAUCAGAUUUAUAUAUACCAAUAUGUAAACAUAUCCUGUAAAACAGAAGUUGGCUUCCAACACUAACAAUGGCUGGGAUAUUUUAUAUCAUUCCUUUACCGCUGUUCAAAAAAAAUUUACUUGUGUCAAAAGAAUUUAGAACUUUUUUACUUUUUCAAUUUUAUUAUAUAAACUGGGAAUUGUUGUUUAGGGAUAAGUUUGUAUGCUUUUACACCUUGUGAACUGUACAGUACAUUACAGUACAAUUAUCAUAAACAGAAAACAGCGUAGAUUGUACUUGUACACUGUUAAAAAUUGUGCCAGAUUUAUGCAUUUACAGUGCGACCACCGCGUGCAUUUAAAAAGAACCGGAAAUAGAUUUAUUUAUCUUUUUCAGAA